AUGCCGUCCGAACAAGAAGCAGCGAAUGCAUUACCAUCAGAAUUUGAUGUUGCUGGUUUAAGAAAAGCAUUCAGUAAUCCCGUUGAAGCCUUCCAUGCGUUAGAUCAAAAUGGCGACGGACGUGUGACGAAAGAAGAUUUACAGCUGCUACUAGAACGUUUCGGUGUGAAAGGUGUAGCUGCAAAAUUGCUAGCGAAAGUUAUUUUUAAAAAACUCGAUGCUGAUAAGAGUGGCACAUUAGAACCAAGUGACCUUACUCAUGCCGAAGGAAUUCUGACAAGUCUGUUGAAGAUGAAAAAACAAUGA